AUGCUUUUGCGCUCCCACGCCAGCGCGCUCGCCGCCCUCUCUCUCGCCUGCUGCCCGAGCGUGCGGUCGGCGCCGCACUCGCACAACGAAUGGGCGGUCGUCUUUGAUGGCGGAUCGACCGGCACGCGCGUCUACGUCUAUGAGUACACGCUCGUGCCGGGCGGGCUGCCGUCUCUGCACGCCGAGAAGGCGUGGAACCUGAAGGUCAAGCCUGGCCUGAGCUCCUUCAGCGACCGGCCGAGGGAGGUUGGCUCCGGCUAUCUCACGAGCCUACUCGACUUUGCUGCGGGCAUCGUGCCGCGCACAAAGCAAGCGCGCGCCAAGGUGCUGCUGCGAGCGACGGCGGGGAUGCGGCUCGUGCCUACCGAGGCGGCGGAGGUCAUCUACGACUCGCUCUUCGCGGCGGUCCGGGCGCACGGAGCCUUCCAGCCCGAGCGCUCGCUGUUCGGCACCCUGUCUGGCGAGGACGAGGGCGUCUUUGGCUGGCUGUCGGUGAACCAGCUGCUGGUCUCGGCGGAGCGGCUCCCGGCCUCCAAGCUCGGCCAGGCGUCGGCGUGCGAGCAGGUGCCUGUCUUCACGCACUCGCACCUCGGGUUCGGCAACAAGCAGGCGCUCGCCGCACUGAGCGAGCAAGAGGCAGCGGACUGCUUCGCCGGCGGACGCGCGACGAGGAUUGUGGGACCGGGAGGCGGCGCGCGGCUGGUAGCCGGCCGUGGGGAUUCGGCCGCGUGCGAGGCGGGCGUGCAGCGCGUGCUGAAGCGACUCGAGCCGCACGGCGAGCGCCAGGGGAGAGCGAGGGAGGGAGGGAGGAGAGAAGCAGUAGCCAUGCGCUGCUUCGACCUGACGUACGCGACUUCGCUGCUCACGCACGGGUACGGCUUCAGCGAGCAGGCGUCUGAGGUGGAGUGGACGCGCGGCGCGCUCCUCGCGCAUCUGAUGGGCGGCAGCAGCGGCGCGGGUGCGGAGAAGAAGGCCGGCGGCGCCAAGGGGCGCGGCAAUCUCUCCGAGACCGGGCCGAACCGCGUCGCCGUCGUCUUUGGCGUCGUCCUCGCGGCAGCCGCUUGCGUGCUGCUGUUGCGGCGCCAGGACGUGGUCGCGCGGCGGCGUGUCGGGCACCCGCCUUACGGAAUGAUUGAGAAGGUUGACUCGUCCGGCGACGACAUUGCGGCCGAGCCCCGGUUCACAUUGUAG